AUGUUGAACACAAGAAACGUGCGUGUCUUUGUGGCCGCGUGUUUGCUUUUUGUACUUGUGGGCUAUAUUUCCUUCUCCUCUGGUUCCUUUAGUGAGCCGCUUAGAACGAAGCCUUCAAGCGACUUUGCUGUGAAUCAUGAAGAAGCUGGAAACACCUUAUUAAACACACCACACAAGGGAUCAGAAGCACCAUACAAGGCAUCUGGUGGUAACAUGGCUGACAAAAUUGCCACUGACGAUAAGCCUGCCGCUACAAAAGCUGCUAACCCAGCGAAAGUUGACACGCCAUCUGGAAAGCCUACUGAAAAGGCUAAAGAGAACGAUAGCGGGAAAUCUGAGCAAAGCAGCAACGAAAAAUGCGACAAGACCGAUUAUGUGGUGAUGAUUGAUGCUGGAUCCACCGGCUCGCGUGUACAUGUGUACGAAUUCAACACGUGUCUCUCCCCACCAAAGUUGUUGAGCGAGAAGUUUGAGAUGUUGAAACCUGGUUUAUCGUCUUUCGACACCGACACGAAAGGAGCUGCUGCUUCUUUGGACCCAUUGUUGAAAGUAGCCCUUGAAAAAGUGCCAAAGGACAAGCAAGGAUGUACACCAGUUGCUGUUAAGGCCACUGCUGGCUUAAGAUUAUUGGGAAAGGAAAAGUCUGACGCUAUUUUGGCAGAGGUUCGGACACAUUUAGAAAAUGAUUAUCCAUUUGCGGUCGUUGAGGGUGACGGAAUUUCCAUUAUGGACGGAAAGGACGAAGGUGUAUACGCAUGGAUCACCACCAACUAUCUAUUGGGAAACAUCGGCCUGGAAGAGAAAAUCCCUACUGCUGCUGUUUUUGAUUUGGGUGGUGGCUCUACCCAAAUUGUAUUCGAGCCUGAUUUCGGUGACUCAGAAGCCAUGGCUGAGGGAGAACAUAAAUACGAGUUUACAUUUGGAAAUCGUAACUUCCAACUCUACCAAUUCAGCCAUUUGGGAUACGGUUUAAUGGAAGGCCGUAACAAGGUCAACGCUUUGGUUCUUAACAGUGCCCUCAAGGAGAAAUCUGUCACACCCAAAAAGUACGCAUCCAAGAAGGAAACAAAGGAUGCCACUGGCGAUGUGACUAUCAUGAACCCAUGUUUGGCACCAGAGACUAAGGCGGAAAAUGUUGCUGUUCAAGUGGGUGAAGAAUUCUAUGUUGUGAACUUCAAGGGACCAGCUGAGGCUUCUGGACCCCAGUGCAGAUAUCUCGCUGAAACAGUAUUGAACAUGGAUGCAAAGUGUACUACUAGCCCAUGUUCCUUUAAUGGUGUUUACCAACCAUCAUUGGUCAAGGCUUUCCACCGCGAUUCCGAUAUGUGGGUCUUCUCGUACUUUUAUGAUCGUACUAACCCAUUGGGCUUCCCAAGUUCAUUCACUGUGGGUGAGUUGAAGGACUUGACAAGCACAGUCUGCUCUGGUCUGAAGUUAUGGAAGGAUGUUUUGCUUGGUGAUUCCGUGCAAGCAUUGGAAGAAGAGCCUCAUUGGUGCCUUGACUUGUCCUUCAUUACGGCCAUGCUUCAUACUGGUUACAAUAUCCCAUUGAGUCGUGAAUUAAGAACAGCUAAAACUAUUGCUAACAAUGAAUUGGGCUGGUGCCUCGGUGCUUCUUUGCCAUUGUUGGACUCAAAGACGAGUGGCUGGAAAUGUAAAAUCAAGGAAGUGAAAGAAACUAAGGACUUGAAAGAAGCCAAGGACAUUAAGGAGGAGAACGAGCCGGCCAAGGCAAGUACAGAUGACGAGAAGAAGAUUGAAGCCUAA